AUGGACAUAACACAAGACACAGAAUUCUCCAGUGAACUCAUGGAAAUAAAUAAGAGCUCGGUGGAUCUUCGUGCAAAACUUGACUUCAUGAUUAAAGAGAACUCUCGCUUGAGAGAGAAAAUACUAGAAUUACAAAAUGAAAGAAGGAAAAGGAAAGGUGAACUACAAUUAGAAGAACCAGAAGCAAAAAAACAGAAAGUAACUAGGUUCAAUUUGGAAAGAAUUCAGCAGAAUGUCAAGGAGAAAAUAUCAGGAUAUCUUGUUGAGAUCAAUAGUUUGCAUUGUGAAAGGAGAUUUCUUUUGAGGGAACUUGCUUCCGCUCAAGAAAAGCUUAAAGCUAUUAUGUAUCAACAGCAAAGAAAUCAGGAGGAGGAAAAGGAGAACGAGACAAGCAACGAAACCAAAGAAGAUAAGAGAUCCGAACUUAAGGAAGCAAAGCGAAAUUUACGAGAAGUGGUAAGAAAAUUCAAAUCAGUCACAAACAAGAUGAAUGAGCAUUACAAAAAGCAAAUUGAUAUGGCCGAUAUUAUGAUUAGGAAAUAUAUGAACAAGACUGAUUUUCUUGAACACUCAAACAAGGAGAAGGAAGGAAUUAUCGAGCAACUAUCGAAAAGGUUGAAUGGGAUAAUGGCAGCAUCAUUCUCUCAAAACAGAAAUGGAAGUACAUUGCCCCUUCCAAAGGAAUUUGAAGAUGCUUACCAAUCAUUGGACAAAAAGCAUCAACUGCUAUCUGAAGCAUAUCAAAUAUUGGCCACAAAAUACGAAUCACUAGCAGGGGAGCUGGCCAAGUAUCUGAAUCUUGUUAACAAAGAUGACAAAGAAGUCAUCAGGGUCCUUGAGGAUAUAAUUAUUGAGAAGGAGAACAAAUUACAGCUACUCACAGUAGAAAACUUUAAGAUGAAGAAGGAAUGUCAAAACAAGGAUAAAGUUAUUGGCUGCUGCCUUAAGCCACACUUAGAGCAGGCAAAGUUGAAGGAUAAAGGCGGCGUGAAGAUAAUCCUCUACAAGGCGCACAAGGAACUUAAAAGUAUUGAAACAAAGGAAUAA